GAAAUUGCUUUAAAGAAUACACAAGACCUGCAUAUAUCACGGCCGCCAGAAUACUACUCCUGUCUUGUCAGAGAUCUAGAAAUAUUGGGUUGGAAUAAAGUAGUGUAUGUGGAUACUGGUUUUACCACAAUCAAGUUAAAAGCUGAAGACUCUUGUGGUCGACAGCAUCUCGUCACUCUGAAGUUAAAUGCAAAGUAUCCAACAGAACCACCGGAUUGCCUUGUGGAUUUUCCUGUUCAAUUUGCAAUUUCCUGGAUGCCACAGAACUCCUUAAUAGACAUUUAUAAUCAGUUCCUGGCAGCAUUAGAAUCGCUGAAAGAGUUCUGGGAUGCCAUGGAUGAAAUUGAUGGGAAGACAUGGGUGCUUGAGCCAGAAAAUCCCACACGCAGUGCUACAACAAGAAGAAUUGCGAUAGGGAACAAUGUCUCAGUGAACAUAGAGGUAGAUCCUCGGCACCCAAACAUGCUCCCCGAGUGUUACUUUCUUGGAGCAGAUCACGUGGUUAACCCUUUGAGAAUUAAGCUGAACAACAAUAUGCACUUAUGGGAUCCAGAAAUCAGUUUAUUACAAAACUUGAAAGACCUCUUAGAAAUUGAUUUUCCAUCUCGUGCUGUGUUAGAAAAAAGUGAUUUUGCUAAGGACUGUGGCAUCUGCUAUGCCUAUCGACUCGAUGGCACUACUCCAGAUCAAGUGUGCGAUGAUCCCCGAUGUGGACAACCUUUUCACCAGGCUUGCCUGUAUGAGUGGCUACAAGGUCUUCCUUCUAGCAGACAGAGUUUUAAUGUCAUCUUUGGUGAAUGUCCAUAUUGUAAUAAGCCACUGACACUGAAAUCUUCAACGAAGAAACUUUGAGAAAAAACUGCGUGAUGGGAACACCACUGCACUUACACUGAAGACAGUGAAACAGCGACAUCAAAGAAAAUACAAGGAAAGUAAUAUCAGUAGCAGAAGUACAAGUAUAGCUAUACUGUAGUGGUAUGUUUCGUCAGUAAAUGCA